CCAAAAGUGCAUUUGCGUUUCAGUUGUAUGCGUGUUCAACUCAAAUUUUACAAAGUUUGCUAUUUUGUUGGUGGUAUUGUUUAAUUAUUAUCAGCUGCAACUGGAGCUAGUGACCCAGAAGUAUGAGUGAAACUGUUGCAGAAAUUGCAGUUACAGCUGAAAACGAUGAACAUGAAGAUGAUUCAAUGGAGAAACUGCAGCUCGACGAGGAAGACGAAAACAACAUUUCGGUUGAAGAUUUGCUUGGUGGCAAGAGUUUGAUGAUGUCGGAUAGUGAAGGUGAAGGUGGUAGUGAAGUGUCCAAAGUUACAGAAAAGAACGAGGCAACCGACGAGAAUGAUAAUAAAGAGGGUGAAGAAGAGGAGGCUUUACCUUGUGUACCCAACAAGGUGAAAUCCAUAUCUGCUGUCAUUGAUUCGGACAGUGAGGAAGAGUUCAAACCAAAACCCAAGAAGAAAAUAUCUGCGCUAAUUGAUUCCGAUAGUGAUGUUGAUCAGGAGAAGAUUGUGGUGAAACAAACGGACAGUUUAGUUCCCCAACAGAAAAAGAAAAUAUCAGCUAUUAUCGACACAGAUAGUGAGGAGGAGGAGAAGGAGGAACCGCAUGAGCAACCACAAAAAGAAAUCAAAGAACAGAAGCGGAACAAAAAAUUGAAACAAAGAUCAAUCAGCGAUGAUGAGGAGUCUAACGUAAAGAGUCCGUCACAAGACAAACAGAAUACCCUGAUCGACUCUGAAUCAGAAUCAGACCAAAGUAAUGAUGAAGAAGACGCAGAAGAUCAGGAAAAGUCAUCAGAUAUACCCAGCGAGAAACCUAAAAAAGCUAAACCCAUGAGGGCAUCAGCCAAAAAGGCUCUCGACGGAAUGCAGGCUAUACAGAGUGAGCAACAACGGUUACAUCGUGAGGCUCAAAUUAGUGUGCCAUAUCACCAGCCCAAGCCAAGGACUCUCAAGGAGUUUCUAAAUCGUCGCACCAUUAACAUGCCCCUGGCCACGGCCAUGGCCGGUGGCAGUCCCAUGCCCAAUAAACAGCCGAGAAAAUCUCUUGGACUUCGCAUGACCAGCGAUGAGCUGGAGGCUUAUGCAAAACUUAUGGAUGAACGAGAAAAGGAGGCAACUGAAUUCUUUAAAUCUGAAUCAGAAAACGAAGACGAGCAGAUGCAGCCAGAAAGUGAAGAGCCAGUUAAUAUUAAGGGAAAUCAAGGCGUAGGUGAUGAAAUAGUCGAUAAAGAGAGCAACUUACAAUUGGAUACAGAAGUAGUCGAAGAAGCCAUGGAGAAGCCAAUCCAUGAGGAUGAGGUCUUAGAGAAAGAGUUAGCAGCAACUGAAACAAUUAUAACUUCUCCAAGCAAAGUAUGCCUAAUCACCGAGGUUGUUGAGUUGCCCAAGCUGGAUUUGAGUACACUUAACAUAACGCCUCCCUCCAAGCCUGCCACGCCAAAGAUUAGCGAGGCUAUCAAACGUUUAAAGAUGGAGAAGAGUUCAGAUGUGAGUCCAUCAAUAAAGGGAGAUGCCAAUAUGGUCAUUGAUCUGGACACGGGAGAUAUGUUUGCCAAAAAACCUACCGGCGUCGAUGAUUUGCUUCAACGCUUGAUGAAGACACGCGAGGCAAAAAAACACAAGACAACGGAAACAGUCAAUAUACUAUCUACGGAGCAUGGCAAGGUGGAACUGUCGAAGGUAAACAUACAUCUACACGAUGAGGAACCUGUCAACAAGGAGCAGAAACCAGGUGCAGCCUAUAUUAAAAUGCAGGAGCAAUUGAAGUCUCUGAUCACAAAGAAACGCUUAGAAGAUUUACGCAAAAAAAAAGCCGAAGAAUUGGAAGAAGGUGACGAACAUGAUGAAAAUGAUGAUGAAGAAGGCAUGGAUGUGGAUGAAGAAUAUGAGCCAGAAGAUAAGGAUGAACAAACGAAAAUCGCCAUUAACGAAGAUGAAGAAAUCGUUGAUGAACCAGAAGACGCACAAGAAGAAGAAGAUCAUGUCGAAGAUGUUGUCGAUUCAGAUGUGGAUGAAGAAAAGGAAGCAGAAGCAAGCAGUAGUAGCAGCAGUGAAAGUGAAAACGAUACACAGACUAUUAAAAAGAAGAAUCGUAUUAUACGACCCUUCCAAGAGGACGACAACUCCGAUGAAGAGGACGAUCUCUUGCAGACACCAAAACCCAAUACAACAUUGGCUCCAAUGACUGCCACACAGUUGCAGUUAUCGGCUCACAAAUUGUUUGAUACAGAGGUGCGGCGGACAGCCAGCGAUGAGGAGAACGAAUUGCUUGAUCUAUGCUCCGGACAAUUUCCCCGUUCCCAAAUGUCCGGCACAAAGGAGACGGCAGCUGAUCCCCUGAUCAGUCAGAUACCCAUGACACAAUUUAGGGCCAGCAGCGAAGCACCAAAUGAGCUAGAGGGGCUAUGUUCGGGCAGCUUUGCAACACAGCAGCCCGAGAAUGAGCAGGAAGCAAAACAAAAUUCAUUACCUAUGCCAGAAAUCACUACUAAAAUAUUGUCUAGCGAUGAAGAGGAGCCUAAGGACACAACGCGUCCCGAAACAGAGAAACCGCGACAAAAGAAACUUACCAAAAAAAGGCAAAAGAAAAAAGCCAAAUUGGGUUUCUCCGAUGACGAAGAUAGCGACACAGAUGAAGACUGCGACGAGGAGGAUGAUAUUGGUGACCAGAUUGAAGAAGUGCCGGAAACAUUUGUGGACUACGAUUCCGAGGAGAACGAAGUUGUGGUGGAAAUGACUAAAAAGGAUCGUAAACUUCGAGCUGCUAAUUUUGUGGAUAAAGAAGCUGAACUCUCUGAAUCGGAAUGGGGUUCCGCCGAUGAAGAUGAGAAAAAUAUGGAUAAUUAUGAUAUCGAACUUGGUGAUGAAGAUGAGUUUGAUCGAGAGAAAUUGCGCAACGAGUUGGAGCAAAUCCACGCUCGAAAAAUGCUCGACCAGGAUAUACGAGAAGUACGUAAGAUCAAGGAGAUGCUCAUCGAAGAUGAUGAAGGAGCUGUACGACAGCGUCAAUUUCGCUGGAAGAACGCCGAAAGUGGAUUUAGUCUUGAGGAUCAACGCAAUCUGGAAAAUGGUGCCACUAAUGAGGGCAGCGGCGACGAGGAAAACGAACAUCUGUGGCGUAAAAUACGUUUUGAGCGGGAACAAUUGCUUUUGGAGAAAGGUUUGAAAGGAACCGAAUCAUUGCCAGCUCCCCUCUCCCCUGCUCUAAACAACGCCACCGGAAGUAUACGGAAAUUAAACAUUAUCACAGCUAAAAAGAAAACAGUGGAGACUGUUAAGAAAAGCUCCCCCUUCCUGAUCACAAAAACUGUGACCAGUAUGCAGCAGAAACAACAAACGAAGGCAGUCCGUGGCUCUUUCCUUGUCCGAGAUAAAGAAACUCUGACCAAAUUGGCAGGCCUAACCAAGGGAGCAAGUGGCACAGAUGUUGAUGGAACAGCGGGCACUGUUUCUGUAAAUAUAUCUAAGGCCAAAAACUUUGUAUUCGCCACCUUGACUGAAGAAGAACACGAGUUGCAGAAUCAAAAACGAAAAGCAGCCGAUUUGCUCAACAGCAGCAGCGAAACAGGCAUUAAUUUUAUGAAAAAACCACGUCUGGAACCGCGUCGGGAAAAGUGCCUUAUUGAUCAACUACUAUAGUGUUAUUUACUCUUAAGUAAUUCUAAGAUAGAAUGAAAUAACUAUAAGUAAAAUAAUAUUAAAUUCACUCGCCAAAUUUCCGAGUUCAGUUUAAAUGUUAA